UGAAAACUUGGCAAAUCAGGGGCGAGAGCCGGGGAGAGCGGCCAAUGACAGAGGGCGCUGAGCGGGUGAGUGGCCGGGCCCUGGGACUGAGACGGCGACCGGGAAGUUCAGACUUGGGCCUGCGCUUCCUCUGUGAGUCUGGACGGUCCUAAACACCAUUCCAUCAUGUGGUACUCACUUUUUCGGCUUGUCAGUGCUGAUGCCGCCCAGGAAACGGACUGCCUGUAACCCACGUAAACCUCGCCUUGUCUUUCUGGAGAACCCACAGGAGGGUCCAGUACAUGAGUAUGGGGCUGUUCCGCCCAAAGCCGAAACAAAAUGUGUCCCCACCAAACCCCUGGAUCAAAGUGCCUCUACUUCAUGGGUUUCUCCACAGUUUGAUCAGACAGUAGAGCUGCACUUCCCUGCUCGUCAGCGCCGCCGCCAUGUCUGCAGUAACAGCACCGUACACAGCCACAGGGGGGACAUAGACCGGAGUCACCUCAAAGUGCCAGGGAGGAAGCAAAGUGUCUGUAAAUUUCCAACCUUAUCAUUUUCAACUAAUGAGACUCUAGAAACUCAGUCAUUCUUCCCAGCAAGGAGGAGACCAGAGCGAAAGUUGACUGUACCCACGCCAGUGCCCGCUUCUGUGCCCAGCCCAGAGGAACUCUCAUGCAGUAAAAUCCCCAGCCCCCCGGACAUACAGACUCCGUUGACGAGUCCAAAGCAAAACCCAUUGCCCUUAUCCAUCUCAGCGCAGAACCAGACGCCACUUUCCAGGAGAUGGGUGGAAACGUGUGACGGGCCUGACACACCGCUGGCAAACAGCCCAGGACAGGUACUGGCAGAGGACACGCCAGAGCAUGAAUAUGGCAUGCGGCUCACCUGGAGGAGGAGGCAGAGACUUAUGAAAUACCUCAAAUCACGGGGGAGGUUGAAGAGCAGCCAAGUCCUAGUGAAACCGUGAGAGAUCAGAGCUGGACUCUUAAACUUAAAUUGUAUCUAUGUGAAUAAAUAAAAAGAACCGAAAUGUAGAAUCUA